CAGGAGGCAGUUAGCAGCUGUAAUUAAGAAAAAUUAAGCGUAUAUAGUCCAUCUUCCCCAUCGGCAAUAAUAGCCGCAAUAUUCACUUGAAGAAGAAAAAUCUGAAUUUUAUAUUAUACUGUAUCUAUGCCCAAAUCAGCAAUAACUUUGGUAAUUAACUGUUUAACUCGUCCUUGUACAGUGAACGUGCAUGGGGGCGGGGCUUAAGCUCAGGUAGGCGGAAGGUGACGUCUGUGAGUCUGCAGGUAAGCGGCAGCAGAGGAAACACAACGAGCCACCAGAAAGCUGUCAGAAAUGACUUUAAUACAACCUGUACACUAAUAUGAUCUAAAGGGGACAUCAAAUCCACCAUGGUGAAUUUAGGAGUAUGCUGUGCCAACCUCAAGGACAACAAAGCCCUGAUGAAGAUGGGGCUGGGGCUGGUGCUGGUGGGCCAUGUCAACUUUAUUCUCGGAGCGCUGGUGCACGGCGCCGUGCUCAGGCACAUCAACGUGGACUCUAAGACCCGGACCGUGGUGUACGCCAUCUCUAACGUCAUUGCUAUUGUGGCAGGCUUGGUGGGAAUUAUUGUUGGAAUAACAGCUAUUGUCAUGUCCAAAAACAAGAGAAACAGGAUCCUGCAGUGGGUCUUGUUGGUCUUCAGCCUCCUGGCAGGUCUCUUGGCGAUCGCCUCCACCCUGGGCCUGUCAGUUUCUAUGGUGAAAGCCAUUAUGAACAAAGGAUGGUUUCUGCAAACACACUGCAAGUUUUCUGAUAAAAGUGUCGGCUCUUCCAGCAUCACAUACGAAUGCCCCUUUGACCCCACCCGUAUCUAUGGGACCACAAUUAUUCUGUGGGUGCUUCUCAUCUUUAUAUCCGUGGUGGAAAUGGUGUUCUCCUUCCGCUGCUUUGCCGUCUGUACUUCGUACCUCUACCUCUGUCCAUGCAGGAGGAGGCCGAGUCGGGGAAGGAGGGUACGUAUCCAGAGACCUGUUCAAACUCCAUCACCGCCACCAGUGCGAGAUCCAGAGAGCGACGUUGGAGUCGAGCCUGCCGAGCAGGAUGAACUGCUGGAAGACACUGUAGUGGAGCAGAGUGCAUGGCUCUGAACCAGCGAAACCCAAUGAGAUCGGUUGUAAACUGCUCGGCCUAACUGGAUAAAAUGAAACGUCAUCUGUGAA